GAGAGAGAGAGAGAGAGAGAGAGAGAGAGAGAGAGAAUAUAUCCCAAGCAGCCUUCUUGUUAUCAGUGUCAGGGCUUGAACUCACAAACUGUGAGAUCCUGACCUGAGCUGAAACCAAGAAUUGGACGCUUAACCGACUGACCCAUCCUGGCGCCCUAGUUUCUUUUGUUUUCAGUCAAAAAAUUUUAACCACACAAAUAUUAAAUGGACACUUUUUAAAAAAAUUUAUUUUUGAGAGAGAGUGUGCAUAUGCAGGGGAGGGGCAGAGAGAGAGAGAGGGAGAGAGAGAGAGAAUCAAUCCCAAGCAGGGCUCAAACUCAUGAACCGUGAGAUCAUGAGCCAAAAUCAAGAGUUGGACACUUAACCGACUGAGCCACCCAGGCGCCCCAAAUGGAUACUUUCUUGCGAAAAGAAUGUUAAACUACUCCCUAAACCACCACACUACCAGUUAACUUCCUCCACCCUAAUCUGGUGCUCCUUCUUGAUAGAUUUUUAUAAAGGUAAUCCUUUCGGACCUUUGCCACAUAUUAACAUGCAUGCGGAAAAGUACCUGGCACGUGGCAGGUUCGUUUUGAAAGGUAAAAAUUAGCAUGUCUCUUAUUAGAAGUGACUUUUUCAGUUGUUUGCCCAGGUAGAGGCUGUCUCAAUUUGAAAUUCAAAGGAUUCCUUGUAAAUUAUGUCAACAUAUCUUAAAGGUUGAUUUAAUUUUGCAAAAUGAAGUUACCUACAACUCUUUCAGUAUCCUAAUGAGGCUCAGUCUUCUGUGGCCAGCAGAGAGCUGUCGCUUUGAGAAGAUCCCCUGGGAGUGCCUCCAGGAAAACAACAGUGGCAUAGUGCUAUUUAGCCUUUUCACUAUGCUGAUACUUUAUCUUUUAUGUUAAAUCAGAUUUUGUUUUUAAAAUUAAGGAUUCUUUGUUUUGUUUUUUGUUUUUUCUUAUGAAGGUGAAAUUCCUGGAAGAUUUAGUGGAGUGAUUUUUAUUGUGAGAAAGCCUGUUGCAAAAUUUUUCCCAUGCAAAAAGUGAAAGAGGAAAAAAAUCCUCCGUUUUUUGUUUUUGAUUUUUAAAUGUUUAUUUUUGAGAGUAUGAGUGGGGGAGGGGCAGAGAGAGGGAGGGAGGGGGACACAGAGUCUGAAGCAGGCUUCAGGCUCUGAGCUUUCGCACAGAGCCCGAUGUGGGACUCGAACCCACAAACCAUGAGAUCAUGACCUGAGCCGAAGUUGGACGCUUAACCAGCUGAGCCACCCAGGUGCCCCAAUUCUCCAUUCUUUGAAGCAACAUUUCUUCUGCUUCCAAACUUGGAGCCACUUUGAUUUCUCAUGUUUAAAUUGUGUUUAUGAGUGAUACAGUUUAAUGGCAAGACUAAUUUUGUGCUUUGAAGCAUACAUUGACCUUUUUCUGUAAAGCCAGUGUUUGAAAAACGUCCCCUGGAUGUUAGAUUAUAGGACUAGAGGAACAUGGGGAAAAAAGGGCCAGAAGAUGGACUUAAAAAGUCAAUAGAGGGUAGCUUUGAAAAUAAAAAAGUCACUUGCACAAGAGUGAGAACCCAAGCCUGCUGUUCUUUUGCCUCUGUGACACAUAUAUCACCAGUCUCUAAACCAGGGUUGCCCAACAUCUGUGAACAGACUUGAGAGUUUUACGUUUUGCUUUAUCCUUCCUUGCUACAUUCAAAUCCGAAUGGCAUCACUCUCCCCUAAAACAGUAUAAAAGACUUGUUCCUUUCCAAAUUUAAUGUACGUGGCUGAUUUUAGGAUUUUUCCUUUCCUUCCUGCCAAAUGUCUCUUCCAUGCCUAGGGAGAUAAAUACACAGGAGAAAUUACACUCUGUCCCCCAAGGGAGAAUUAAACUUUUAAACGUGAGUUCUAGAGAGAGUUGGUCCCAUCUAUCAGAGGCAGGUCUGUGUGAAGUGGCCAGUCAAGGGUGAUAAAUGGGUAGUCAGCUGUGCAUAGCCUGCCCCGUGGGCCCAGGGUUGCCAUGGAAGCGCCCAGUGGCAUUCACCGAUCCUGCAUGACUAACCUAGAUUAGCAGCAGGGCCCGUGGGCUCCAGCCUGGAAGAAGGUGCUCGAAGCCAGAUGAUGGCCAGGCCGGCACGCCGCCCCACUGCUCAUGUUCAGCUUGGGCCUUCCUGUUGCCGUCUUUUCCUCCUUCCACAUACGGUCUUUCCUUUUUUGUGUGAGGGAAAGUGAGAAAGAGGGAUUGCUCUCAUUAAUGCUCACAGAGCUGGGAUUUCUUCAUUUUUAUCACAGUGUUCUAACACGUCCAUCCGAAACCCCAAGGAGGAGCAUUUGAAAAGUCGGAAUCAAUGUGCCCUGACAGGCCCCAGCAUGGGGUUGACUAAAUGACUGCAUUCAGGGGCUGAAUGGGCAGCUCCGAAUUCCUCAGGAAUUUCACAACCUCUCUGAAAGUGAGAGCAUCCUAUCCUGGCUUGUUUUAGACUUCCAGGCUUCAUCCCAGCUCCUGCGUGGAUGAGAAUGGUGGGAUUCUGUCACCGAAGACAUGGGUGGUGCAGGCCAGCGCAGUGAUGUCUCGUGCGGUUGUGUUCUGCAGGGCACACUGGGCCCUGGGAUGUGAGGCCUGUGCUUCCCCCUUUGGUCCUUCUAGUUCACUUAAAAAAAAAAAAAAAAAAAAAAAAGUGGCAGGAGGUGGUUUGUUGCCGUUCGCAGAGAUCCUUUUGGUGUAUCAGCGCUGCAACCUUUGCAGAUAGAUGGUGGACGGUAGCGUAUGAUCCAAAAGCAACAACGUGGCUCCUGAAAGGAAUCCCCUGAUUUAGAAUACUUAAAGCAGACUUUCCGUGGAACUCAUGGAUAUCUGCCGGGUGGGCAGAUUUUGCACCCUCUCCCCAGGGGUAUUUCGACACUGUGGACUUGUUUUUGAAUGCAUUCAGCUACUUGAAGUCGUCACAUGACUUGGUCUUUCUCUCCCCAGGUAGGGACUCCUGGGCCCACCAGACAACUAGCAUUGAGGCCUAGGUCAGUGGCCAGAAGUUACUGGGAGUGGUGCCUGAUAUUGGGCAUGUAAUGGCUGCUUUGGUACAAGUUUAUUUGCAGCCUGUUCUUUAAAGAUAUUAAUGCAAAGAGCCUCUAGCACAUUGGAGAUGACUUGUGAAUCCAGAGGUUAUUAUGGGGCCAGUGACCUCAAGUCUAAAUUCAAGAAAGCUCUAACAACAACAAAAAAGGUUCCAAAAUGAGAAUUUGUAGUGCAGUGUUUAUAAUUUGAGGAGCCACUUCAUGCUGCCAGCCAUCCCUCUCUCAAAGGGCUCUCUGUUAGGUCCUUCGGCAAAGACAGACCUGUGUGGACACAUUUAAGCAAACGCAUCUUGUGGCUCCGAGAUUGCUCUGCCAGCAGGGAUAAAACCUGAAUUAAUCGACGUGUCCCUCUUUGAGACCAAGGAAUUGUGAACACACAGCCCACCUUCUUUGUUGUUGCCCUAUUUAACACAGCCUGAAAGCUUUGCCAGCAGAACUGUGGUUAAGAGCACACGCUUUGGUGCCAAGCAGAUCUGCAUUCGAAUUUUAAGGUCUAUUAUUUAAUAGCAGGUUAAUCUCUGAGCUUUCUUUUCAUUCACCUGGAAAAUGGGGUUAAUAAUCUCCCUCUCACAGAGUUGUUGUGAAAAUUAAAUAGGAGACUGAUGUGCUGUGCCUGAAUCAGUGCCGACUGAACAACAGAUGCUAAGUGGUGGACGUGCUAGGCUCUGCUGCUGUUGCUGUCUUCAUUGCUCUUGUUUUUCGCUUGUACAAUGAAGACAGAAAUCUGCUUCGAAUUAGAGAGAAGGAAAGACGCAACCAGGAAGCUCACCAAGAGAAAGAGGCAUUUCCUGAAAAGAUCCCCCUUUUUGGAGAGCCCUACAAGACAGAAAAAGGUGAUGAGCUAUCCAGUCGAAUACAGAACAUGUUGGGAAACUAUGAAGAAAUGAAGGAGUUCCUCAGUACCAAGUCCCACCCUCAUCGCUUGGAUGCUUCUGAAAAUAGGUUGGGAAAGCCAAGAUAUCCUUCAUUUCCUGAGAAGGGGAGCAGCAUUCCACCCCACCCCUUCCACACCAGUGCCCACCACCAGCCUAUUAACACUCCUGCCUCCGGACCACUUCCUGUUGGUAACAUCAGCCACAAUCCAAAGAUGGCACAGCCAAGAAUGGAACCAAUGUCAAAUCCUCAUGUCAGAGGCUAUGGCCCACCAGACAGCCAGCACCUGACCCAAGAUCGCCUCGGUCAGGAGGGGUGCGGCUCUGCUCAUCACAAAAAAGGUGACCGCAGAGCUGAUGGAGACCGCUGUGCUUUGGUGACAGACUCUGCUCCAGAGAGGGAGCUCUCUCCCUUGCUCUCUUUGCCUUCCCCAGUGGCCCCCUUGUCACCUGUACAUUCCAACCAGCAGACUCUUCCCAGGACACAAGGAAGCAACAAGGUUCACAGCAGUAGCAGUAACAAUAAAGGCUAUUGCCCGGCCAAAUCUCCCAAAGACCUAGUGGUCAAGGUCCAUGAUAAAGAGACCCCUCAAGACAGUUUAGUGGCAGUUGCCAGCCUUGGGAUAGCCCCUCCCCAGCCACCUUCUCAGACUUUCCCCCCACCUUCCCUCCCCUCAAAAACUGUGGCAAUGCAGCAGAAGCCCACGGCUUAUGUCCGGCCCAUGGAUGGUCAAGAUCAGGCUCCAAGUGAGUCUCCUGAACUGAAACCACUGCCGGAGGACUACCGGCAGCAGACCUUUGAAAAAACAGACUUAAAAGUGCCUGCGAAAGCCAAGCUCACCAAGCUGAAGAUGCCUUCUCAGUCGGUUGAGCAGACCUACUCCAAUGAAGUUCAUUGUGUUGAAGAGAUUCUAAAGGAAAUGACCCAUUCAUGGCCGCCUCCUUUGACAGCAAUACAUACGCCCAGUACAGCUGAGCCCUCCAAAUUUCCUUUUCCGACAAAGGAUUCUCAGCACAUCAGUUCUGCAACUCAAAACCAAAAACAAUAUGAUACAUCUUCAAAAAACCACACUAAUUCUCAGCAGGGAACAUCCAUGCUCGAAGAUGACCUUCAGCUCAGUGACAGUGAGGACAGUGACAACGAACAAAGCCCAGAGAAGCCUCCUUCUGCAUCUGCACCUCCAAGUGCUCCACAGCCGCUUCCAGAAGCCGCGGCCUCAGCACAUUCCAGUAGUGCCGAGUCAGAGAGCACCAGUGACUCAGACAGCUCCUCGGACUCGGAGAGCGAGAGCAGCUCAAGUGACAGCGAAGAGAAUGAGCCCCUAGAAACUCCGGCUCCUGAGCCCGAGCCUCCUACAACAAACAAAUGGCAGCUGGACAACUGGCUGACCAAAGUGAGCCAGCCAGUAGCAGCGCCGGACGCCCUGGGGAGCACGGAGCCUCCGCCUCGGCACCCAGAGAGUAAGGGCAAGGGCGGGGGCGACGGCGGUGGUGGUGCCGCCAGCCACGAGCGCUCGGAAUCCAAAGAUCCUGCCCUCAAGAGCUCCGGCAAGGGCCCUCGGGGCCCCUCGGAAGGCCUGCACGCCGGCAAGAGGAGCUGUCAGAAGUCCCCCGCCCAACAGGAGGCUCCCCAGAGGCAGACCGUCGGAAACAAACAGCCCAAAAAGCCCGUCAAGGCCCCUGCGCAGGCAGACUCGCGGGCCAGCCUGCAGGUGGAAAGUGAGCCGGGACCCCCUCCCUACGGCUCCAAAGACCAGCCUUCCAAAGACAAGCCCAAGGUGAAGACGAAAGGGAGGCCCCGCGCAGGAGACGGCCGAGAGCCCAAGCCCGUGGCGCCUGGCCCCAGCCCCAGCCCCAGCCCCAGUGAGAGGAAGAAGCACAGGAGUGGGCCGCUGGCCCCCUCGAAGGCGCUCUCGGGCCCGGAGCCCACGAAGGACAAUGUGGGGGCCAGGAGCCCCGAGCACUUUGCCCUGGUCCCCUUGACCCAGAGCCAGGGCCCGCCCCAGGGCGGUGGUGGAAGGACUAGCGGCUGCCGGCGUGCCGUGGUUGUCCAGGAAGACCGCCGGAAGGACAGGCUCCCAGGGCCCACGAGAGACCCCAAGCUGCUCUCCCCGCUCAGGGACACCGCUCCCCCGCCGAUCUUGAUGGUGAAGAUAACCCUCGACCUUCUUUCUCGGAUACCCCAGCUUCCUGGGAAGGGGGGCCGCCAGAAGAGACCGGAGGACAAGCAGCCCGCCACAGGGAAGAAGCCUGAUCCCGAGAAGAGAGGCGCAGACAGUUCAAGCAAGUUGGCCAAAAAGAGAAAGGGUGACACAGAGAAAGACCAUGAUAGCAAGAAAGCCAGACUGGAGAAAGAAACCAAGGCACAGCCAUCAUGUUCAUCUUCCCAUAAAGAUUCUUCUAAAACAAAAACACCCAGGCCCUCCUCUGAGCCCUCAAAGAAGGAAAUGCUUUCCCCCCAACUUGUGUCCUCCUCGUCCUCGUCCUCAUCCUCCCAGAAGCCAGCCAAGCCUGCACAAAAGAGGCCAAAGCGGGAAGCGGACCAGGACCCUCCCCAAAGUGCCAGUAGUAGCAAGGGCAGCCACAAAGACUCCUCUGCUCCAAAGCACAGAAGAGUGGAGGGGAAGGGAUCUGGAAGCUGUACAGAGCACAAAGGAUCUUCUGGAGAUACUGCAAAUCCUUUUCUAGUGCCUUCUUUGCCAAAUGGUAAUUCUAAACCAGGGAAGCCUCCAGUGAAGCUUGACAGACAACAAGCAGAUUUUCACAUGAAGGAGGCCAAAAAGUUGAAGCAAAGAGCAGAGUUAAUGACAGACAAGGUUGGGAAGGCUUUUAAGUACUUGGAGGCCGCCUUGUCCUUUAUCGAGUGUGGGAUCGCCAUGGAGUCCGAGAGCCCGGCGUCCCAGUCGGCUUACUCGGUGUACUCAGAAACCGUAGACCUCAUUAAAUUUAUAAUGUCAUUAAAAUCCUUCUCAGAUGCCUCAGCUCCACAAGAGAAAAUACUUGCUGUUUUAUGCAUGCGUUGCCAAUCCAUUUUGAACAUGGCGAUGUUUCGUUGUAAAAAAGAUAUAGCAAUAAAGUAUUCUCGUGCUCUUAAUGAACACUUCAGCAGUUUUUUCAAAGUUGCCCAGGCACCAUCUCCAUGCGUUGCAAGAAGUACAGGCACACCGUCCCCUCUUUCCCCAAUGCCUUCUUCUGCCAGCUCCAUGGGUUCCCAGUCAAGUGCUGGCAGCGUAGGGAGCAGUGGGAUGCCUGUCACCAUCCAAAACAUGACAUCUUCUUAUGUCACCAUCACUUCCCAUGUCCUUGCCGCCUUUGAUCUUUGGGAACAGGCUGAGGUCCUUAUGAGGAAGAAUAAAGAAUUUUUUGCUCAGCUCAGCACAAGUGUGUGUGCCUUGGCCCUCAACAGCAGUUUGAUGGAUCUGGUGCACUAUACAAGACAGGGUUUUCACCGGCUAAAACAAGCAACCAAAACACCUUAACGGAGGCCCAAGUUGAUUUGAUGGCUUGGGAACUUUUUUGCACAUUGAAAGCCUCAAAAACAGUUCAGACGUUUGUCUCAUCAGGACACCAAACCGAGAAGAGAAGCACCGUGAGAUGGCCAGGACAUUUGUCCACUUAAACUUUCAAGAACUUAAGUGAUCAUUGGUUGGACACGGUGGUUAUGCAGGAGCAGAAUGAGGAGGCUGGCCUCAGAGAUGAUCUUGCCUUUCCUAACUAAAGGACAGAAGUGCAAUGUAGACUUAAGUGGGCGUAUGAGUGGUCUAGAAACAUUUCCAUACUUUUUUUAACCAGCAGGAUGCAAAUUGCAAAUGAAAUGAGGAGAAGCAGUUUCAGCUCUGAGAGCAAGUUCAUGUCAUCUCAGUAGCCACCUUAGUCCAUUCCCAGAAGGAAAUUUUUUAAACAAUGAAUUUUGGUGUAGGGUUUUGUGGAUGAUUUUUUUUUUUCUUUUAAGUUUAGGGGGGAAAUACUUGUUUUGUUUAGUAAAUUCUAAUGGUCAUCUAUAAAGCAUAAGUUGUGAAGGACUCCACUGUACCCCACUUUCUGCCCAUGAACAAUCACUUUGAUAAUACCAAGUAUUGUCAUAAUUUAUAAAAUUGAAGGCAACUACCCCCCCCCCCCCCCCCCGUUCCCAACCCACCUGUUGCCUGGAGUACACCGCACGUUCACCCCAGCUCCAAUUUCUCAGUCACUGCUGCAAGUCCGCCUACACCAGAGCUGCGGAGGGAGGGGCUACCGCACAUCGGGAAGCCAUCUUGAGAUCGCAUGCGCAAUGGAGGACGCGGCGCUGCCAUCCCCACCACCCCGCUUCCGUGAAAGGCAGUCACCAUUGACUAUAUUAUGAAUUUUCUACCUUGGGGAAGAAGGGAACCAACGUUUAUACCUGACCAGAUGAUGGCUAAAGUGCUCUUUAAUGUUUAUUUGAGUAGAGCUGGAAUUUGAGGUGCUGAUCUGUGGUCUACAGUUAUGUGGUAACUCAUGUUGUCUAACCAACUCAGAAUUUUGUCAGCAAAGAAAAAUGAAAUCUACUUCUUAGAGAGGCUAUAUUUUUCUGCUACAAAUUAUUUUAUAUUUAUAGCAAAAAGUAGACUUUCUGAGCCCUUGAUUAUCUAGGGUAAGUCAACUCCCUGAGAGGAUGUGGGGAUUUGGGUGGUUAAUUAGACUUAAAAAAAAAAAAAAAAAAAAGUCACCACAUGCCUUCGCUCCAAAGUGUUCUCAGUCAACUAGAUUUGAUGGAGCUGUGGCCUUCCCAUGUGUUGUUAGUGCCAUGUUAUAGACAUUUAACCAAAUUCAUUUGGAAUGACCUAGAAUGAAAGAACACGAUCAAAAUUCCCACAUAACCAUAAGCACAGAUUUUUUUAAUUAAAACUUUGAAGGUUAUUGGAAGCAUUAUUUUGAGUGCAGUGUUUUUAAAAAGCCAAUUCUUUAUAUCUCUUUUAGAAGUAGAAUUUGCACAUGUACUAAAAUUGAGGAGUGAGUGUUACCUCUGUAGUUGGUUCAUUUUUCACUACCUUUAUCCCAUUCUGCCCCUCUACAUUUUGUUUCCUACCAAGAAUGUUUUGUCAUUUUCGUAUCAUUAAUGAAGAAGGGAGUAAUGAACAGAUUGAAGGUCCAUAUGAGGAAUGUAAGUUUUGGUCUAUCUUUAAGGGGAUGUGUAGAGGAUGGGAGUCAUGAUUAUUUUUCACAUAUGAACUGUUUGUGUGAAGCUGUUCCUUCAGUGUCUUAUCCAACCUAUUUUGUUACCAGUAGCUAGUUCAGAGGUUUAUUACCUCAUGUUUAGGUUAAAGCCGGAGAAUUACGGCAGUAGUAAUACCUGAGCAUAAGAAUUUGAUGUGUGAUUUCGAUGGACAGAUUUCCUUUAUCGAUGUUCUAAAGCACGGCCAUUUAACAAAACUUUUUGUUAAAUGAACAGUAAUUCCCUGGUGGGUUGUGGCAUUGUGUCCAUCUCAUAAAAUGUGGGAGACCAGACACCAGAAUCAGCUUUAUGUGAUUAUUUAAUGCCUUUUUUCCCUUUAUUCACUUGGCCUUCCCCCUCCCUUUUACCCCACCAUUCCCCAGUGCAAGUCACCUGUCAGUUUGGAAGUGUGUGUUUUUUAGGACAGGUUCUGAUCUAUGCAGAUUGUGUUGGAGAGAGAGAGAGAGAGAGAGAGAGAAAUAGUGUGUGGGUGUGUGUGUGAGGGCGUGUGUGGUCUUCCGGUGAAAGACAGUGCUCCUGUGACUGAAGACGUUUCUAAGUCGAUUUCUCAGCCACUUGUAAAAAAAAUAAAUAAAUAAACCUGAUUGCUUUUUCA